AUGCCCAGGCCUGCGGCAGGAGCCAGCCUGGUAAGCCUGAGGGAUUCGGACAACUCUGAAGAGGAAAUGGAAGGCCCCCUCUCUGCCCCCAGGCCGGGAUUCAGGAACCACAGGGGGACCGAGCCCCCCAACUGUCCGAGUGACUCCGAGGAAACUCACAUCAAGAAGCGGAGCCGACCUGUGCGCUCCAAGGCCAGGCGGAUAGCGGCCAACGUGAGAGAGCGCAAGAGGAUCAUGGACUACAAUGAAGCCUUCAAUGCCCUGAGGCUGGCCCUCAAGCAUGACCUCAGUGGCAAGAGACUCUCCAAAAUUGCCACCUUGCGAAGAGCCAUCCAUCGGAUCACAUCCCUGUCCAGGUUCCUCCACGCCGGCCCCGGCCAGAGGUGGUCCUGCUCCCACCGGGAAUGUCACAGCAAGGCAGGUGAAGCCCAGGGGGAGGAGGAGGAGGAGGAAGAAGAAGCUGCUGGAGGGGACAGCCACCCCAGGCCCACAAGGCCCCCUCUGGAGCCCAGAUAUGGAGAGGCUGCCCUGCCCUUCCAGCCUUACUCUCCCUCUCCUCGCUUCUUCAAGUUUUCCCCCAACUCUCAGUUUCCCUCCCCAUUGGGGAGCCCAAGAAAGGUCAUGAUUCCACCGAGCACUACCUAUUACCCCAGUGGAAAUUGUCACCUUGGGGUACGGACCUCCUGCCAUCAGAAGCGCCUGGAAGACUUGCGGGAUUCCUCUCCCAGAUCUUUUACCUGGCCGGGCGGCUGUUUUCCAGGAUCGGGCUACCAGCAGUCUUUGCCCAUUCACUGAACUAGGAGCCCGGCUGCCCUGGUUUGAGGAGGUGUGGAUCACCGCUGAUGAAAAAGGAACACAACCAGAAAGUGGGAGGGAGCGGGGGAACACUUUGCUUUGGGAAUAUAGAAAUUGCCUGGAAAAAGGAGAGUAGCCCCAGGGACCACCCCAUCCCCCAGGGAAUGAACCUGGAGAUUUCAAUCAGGACAAAAGCUGGACACAAGCCUGCUGUUCCCUGCCAAGCAUGACUAUUCCCCAGGGAGAGGAUUUGGGACAGACAGUAAGGACUGCCUUGCGUGUUCUUAGUGGAUGCUUAGACUCUCUUUCUUUAACUUCAUGUGUUGCAUUUGGUUUCUGCCGUUUUGUUCCUAUUUAUUCUCUUGCCGCUUUCAGAAAGUGGCUGUGUGCAUAUGUGUUUUGUGUGUGUAUGUGCGUAUAACAAUUAGGGCUGGCAGGCACUGUGUUUGUGUACAGAGUUAUUGUUUUGAACAGGUUCUUUCUGAGGGUGGGAUGACCACGGACCUGUGUCAGUUAUGAGA